GUUGGCCGUACAAUUGCAGCUAAAAUACGUGCUUUCACACAAUUCCGAUGUCGUUUUAGGAUGAGAUACGGUCGAUCACGCUUUCCGGAACUGCUGAUUAUUACGGUGUUCGGUAUAGGUGGAGGAUUUUACGUGUUCCAGCCAACGUUUCGGCAGCUGCAACAAGAACGCACCGGUACUGGCACUGCCACCGGUGAAACUCCCGCAACUACUUCCAAAGGAGCAUAACGAUCAGCAUCCGUAAAAAUGUCUAUGUCAGCGGUGGCACGUAUGUUUCAAAUGAUUAAAGGAUCACCGAUAGCAGUGGUCGGAGGAACUAUCCUAAUUACGGGAUCCUUAAUCUACAGCUACCGAUCCGUGUAUCGACCGUUCGUGACGCGACGGGAACGAGCGGAAGCGGAAGCGAUGGCAAACUACAUUUUCCAGAUGGAGCAAUCGAAAGCCCGAAGGCCAAUCAACGAUAAUAGUUGAGCGGAUGGUGCUUACGUGAAAAAAAAAGUUAAUAAAUUUAGUGAGAAUACUCCGGAUUAAUUUUAGCUUA